AUGCGCAAUUCUGCUGCUGCCAUAAUAAUGUACGACAUAACUAACAGACAGUCCUUUGAGGAUAUCGACAAGUGGAAUGAAGAAUUGCGCAAGUGUUGUGGAAUAUCGGAUCCUCUGGUCGUACUUAUCGGAAACAAGUGCGAUUUAUACGAUAAACGCCGAGUUUCAACAGCUGAGGGUCAAGCGAAGGCAGCUGCACUUGACGCGAGGUUUUACGAAAUCUCAGCAGAGAAGCCUAUUACAUUCGCACUGAUGCUGGAAGAUCUUUGCCACGACCUGAUGUCUGGUCCCAGCGCUGAUGAACUA